GAGAGAGAGAUAGAGAGUCUGAGGAUCCAGAUUCCCUUUGCUUGACAGACUGUCUCCUCACUCGUGGCCCCUUCUUCUUUCUCUCUUCCGCUACUACUCUCUCUCUCUCUCUCUCUCUAGAUUUUUCCAUCCCCAUCGCAUUGAUCGAACGAGCAAGCUCCCUGUUCCAUGGCUUCCUUCGUCGAAUUUGGUUGGCAGUAUCUUACAACACAUUUUAGCGACUUUCAACUAGCGUGCAUUGGGAGUUUUGUCCUCCAUGAAAGCGUGUUUUUCUUGUCGGGACUUCCUUUCAUCUAUUUAGAAAGGGCUGGUCUACUGGGCAAGUACAAAAUUCAGGAAAAAAAUAACAGCCCUGCAGCUCAGGAGAAAUGUAUAGCUCGUUUGCUACUUUACCAUUUCUGUGUAAAUUUGCCAUUGAUGAUGGUUUCCUAUCCUGUCUUCAAGCUCAUGGGCAUGCGGAGUAGUCUUCCUCUGCCGUCCUGGAAAGUCAUGUCGGCCCAAAUACUCUUCUACUUCAUCAUUGAGGAUUUCGUGUUCUACUGGGGACACCGGAUCUUGCACACAAAAUGGCUAUAUAAGAACGUGCACAGUGUACAUCAUGAAUAUGCGACACCAUUUGGUUUGACAUCGGAAUAUGCCCAUCCUGCUGAGAUUCUGUUCCUGGGUUUUGCUACCAUAGUCGGCCCUGCUCUCACAGGUCCCCACCUGAUAACUCUGUGGUUGUGGAUGGUGCUAAGAGUCCUCGAGACAGUUGAGGCACAUUGUGGUUAUCAUUUCCCAUGGAGCCCCUCGAAUUUUCUUCCUCUCUAUGGCGGUGCUGACUUCCAUGAUUAUCAUCACCGACUGCUCUACACAAAGUCUGGCAACUAUUCAUCGACCUUUGUCUACAUGGACUGGGUUUUUGGCACGGACAAGGGUUACAGAAAACUGAAGGCCCUAAAGAACCAGGGAGAUGAAGCUGACAGCAGCAAGCAAACAUGAGCUUCUUCUGUUUGGUUUCAAUCCGCUGGCAUCUCCGGAGAGGUCUCUCUCAGUCUCUCUCUCUCUCUCUCUCUCGUCUGUGCAUUGUCUAGAAUCAGUUACUUGUGUCACAAUGUGGUAUCGGCGGAAUUGUUUCUUGGAAACUUGUUAGGGGGCUUUUUUUUAUCCAUCCGAAGAGCUAGUACCAUGUUGUUUGCAACACUUUGGUUUUCAAAAGUUGGUGCACAAUCCAA